UUUCAGGGAGGCUGGACCUUGACAGUUGAAGGCUAAACUUUAGUGUGUUAACUUAUUAGCAAAAGCAGAGAACGGACUGUUCUCUUAAAUAUUACAACAAAUAAAUUAAAUUACAAGUUCCAGAUAUUUCUAUCUGAAGAUCAGGCAAUCAGGAUGUCAGAAUCAAACAGCAAAGUUACAGUGUUGACAGUGAUGGCCGGAGCAGCUGGAAUAACCUUGGCUUUUAUGUGGUUCAAGAGGAAUGGAAUAUUUAGUCAAAAGGUGUAUUCCCCACAGUUAUGUAUUAGCAACAAUAAAGAUCAACAUUCUCUGGCACAUGUAGAUGGUGGAAGUGGAGGACCAGCAUUGCUUCUACAAGGAAGACCAGUUGAUGUACUAGAAAAAUUGAAUGCUCUGAUUGCAUGUGUAUCAGAGUUGAAAGAAGAGGUGAGGAGCCUUAAAGAAGCAAUUCCCAAGCUGAAUGAGCGUGUCUGUACAGAAGUCUUUCAGAAGGGAGUUCGCAAAGCCAGUCCUCAGCAUAGAGGAAGUCGUAGAAAAAAAGCUGAAACGUUUAGAGAUGAUUACAUGAGCUCAGAGGAUGCAGAAAGUGAAAACGGUUAUGUCACAGCCCAUACUGAUACUGAAGAUGAAUCUGAUGAAGGACCUAUCGCGACUGUAAAGCCUUUUUCUGAAGAUGAUUUGUUAGAUAAGGCGGACGAGUUUACUUUCUUUAUCCAUAAAGCAGACAAUUUACACAGAGGUUCUGAGGCUGAGAAGAAGGAAGGCUUUAUGAUGCUCCUGGAAAAAAAGAAUCAGUAUGGAGACAAGGUUCCAUAUCUCUGGCGACUGGCACGGUCGUAUGGUGACAUGUUUGAUUCAACUACUGAAAGUGAGGACAAAAAGAAUUAUGCGGAGACUGGCAAAAUAUUUGCAGAAGAUGCCAUUAAGUUGGAUUCAAUGAGUGCUGAGAGUCAUCAGUGGUUUGCAAUUAUGUGUGGCUACAUGUCUGAAUAUGAGAGUGUGCAGAAUAAAAUCAAGAAUGGCUAUCUUUUCAAGGACCAUCUCGACAAAGCAAUAGAACUGAAACCUCAGGAUCCUCAACUAUACUACCUUCUGGGCAGGUGGUGUUAUGCAGUUUCUCAGUUAUCAUGGCUUGAAAGGAAAGUAGCAGCAACCCUUUUUGGAAAUCCACCUAGCGCAACCAUACAUGAUGCUCUACAAUACUUCCAUAAGGCUGAAGAAAUUCAUCCCCACUAUUCCAAGUUCAACUGUGUAUUUUUAGCAAAGUGUUACAAACACCUUGGGCAAACAGUCAAUGCUCUCAAGUGGUGUGACGCUGCAGCUUCCAUGAAAUCAGCUUCAAAGGAGGACAAAGAGGCUCAAAAAGAACUGGAAUCUAUUCAGUCUUCGCUUUGUCUAUAAAUUAAAACUCUAAGCACAAGGUGGAACCUGCUCUGAUGGAAGGAGAAGAUUUAGAAGCAUUCUCAGUAAGGAAUCCUUUGGUACUGUGGUCUUCACUUGUAAGAGAAUUUCACUGUAAUUAAGCACUUAGAAAUGUAUUUUGGAAUACUUAGUCCUAACACAUAGUAAAAAGCUUUUUAAAUUGGUACAGUUAAAGGAAAAGGUUUGCACAAGUUGCUAAAUGGACUUUUUUUUCACCAGUACCCUCUUUUAUAUGGAAUUUUAUGAAAAAUUAUAGUUGAUAUAGCUGCAUCAUGAUUAUAUAAAGUCAUAGUAAUGUGAUUUUCCAUUUACAUACUUUAAUAAAUAAAAUAGUAACUCCCUUCUUUUUAUGUAUAUUAGAGAAUAUUCUACAGAGACUAUGAGAUGUUUUAUUGUUAUUUUUAAGUUUUGUUUACUAAACAUCCUUGUAACCUUUAAAAUUUUGCUGCUAAUUUUAUCUUGGAAUGUAUGGUUACCAAAGACCUGAGCUGUAAUUUUCAUUACACUAGUAAA